AUGUCCAACAUCCAUGAUGCCAGUGAAAUUGUUAUCAACAUGGAUGCCAUCCGCAUGGACCUCAAUGUCCAACUCGACAAUGCCACGGCCGAGGGGGGCACUGAUGCUGAAGCAAACCCAGAGGCCUCCACCAACACUUCUCAUCUGGAGUCCCCCCGAUUUGACCUGUAUGACGAGUACCUACUGUCGACACCUGCAUCACCUAGUAGUGAGUCCCCUGACCCUCUAGGCAUGCUCAGCUUUAUGGCCUUUGCCACAAGUUGCACUACCAAACCAACCCUGCCAACCCUCAGACACCAUCUUGACCAGAUAGCAUUUGCAACCAUUGUCAUGAACUGGGUAGCUCUAGGUGCCAGUGGCCAGCACCUCUGCAGUGCCAAUGGUAUUCUGCUCGAACCAUCAUCACUAUCAGAGGCACAGAUGCAGGACGAUUGGGCAAAAUGGAAAGAAGCUAUGAAUGUUGAAAUGGGCAGCAUGCAGAAGAUGGAUGUCUUUGAAUUGGUGGAUCUCCCAACAGAUGGAAAGCUCAUUGGUGUAUGA